AUGAUACAGUGCGAGCUUGUUACUGUUUCAUUAAAAGAAGUCUCAGGUGCUUUUGAUGCACUUUCUUAUGUGUGGGGCUACGCUAGCGUUAAAGAGCAGAUUAAAAUGGAUGGCGAGAUAAUCGAAGUGACGUGCAAUCUAGAGGCCGCCUUACGGAGAAUUAGGAAUACGGAAAAAGCUAAACUGCUAUGGGUAGAUGCUCUAUGUAUCAACCAACAGGAUACUAAAGAGAAGAAUAUUCAGGUGAUGCGCAUGAAGGAUAUAUACACAAUGUGUGCAAGGGUGCUCGUCUGGUUGGGCGAC